UCUUCGGCUCGGAGAAGAAGUCAACAUGACUGAAAACAGAGAUUCUGAGAUCCGGGAACGGUUGUUAUGGAACGUCAAGAAAGAGGUGAAGUGCAUUAUGGAAGAGGCUGUUACAAGAAAAUUUGUCCAUGAAGAGAGUAGCAGCGUCACAUCAUUAUGUGGUGCCGUGGAAGCAUGUCUUUUGUUUGGUUUGAAGAAACGUGUAUUGGGAUUAUUCAAAAAUACGACAUCAACUGCCCUGCUACAAAAAGUUGCCAAGAAUUUCGAGCCAGCAGCGGAUAUUGCCAAAAUUGUGACAGCUCAGGAAAUUAAGAUGGAUGAAUCAAAAAAGUCAGUUGACAAUAACAAGAACCACAGCAAGAGGCCUACCUUAGCUUACAGUUCCAAAUACCUCUGGAUACGGGUGGCCUUGUGUCAGAAAGUACUGGACGUUAUAUUAGAUCAUUUAGUUGAAAAUGCAAAUAAAUACUAUGAGCCUCAUUCACUCGUAGCAGACCCCUGUGAUGGACAGGUCUUGGCUUCCCUGCUUGUUGGGCCUUGUGCGCUUGACUUCACAAAAAUGAAGACAGGGGAUCACUAUUGGACUGACCCCCCUGCAGAUGAGCUUGUACAGAGACACCGGAUACAUAGCAGUGGCAAUCACCAUAUAAGGGGUCCCGAUUCUCCGAAACGUCCAGGGCUCCAGGUGCGACGGCACACAAGCUCUAGCAGUGAAGAAGGAAUGAGAAUGACGCCACAGUCAGCCAAAGAUUACGUGGAAUCUUUACAUCAAAACAAUAGAUCCACACUCUUGUAUGGGAAGAAUAAUGUUUUAGUGCAGCCGAAAGAGGGGAUUCAGGCCUUAGCGGGGUACCUGUCCCUACAUCAGGGUAAUGAGGGUUUAACAGUAAAAUGGACACCUAAUCAACUUAUGAAUGGCUGUAGUAAGACUGAACAUACAGAGGAACAAGAUAGGAGAUUUUGUCUUUCUCCAAAUGAAAUGGCCCCAAGGUCACAUCGCUACCUUAAGAAAAAAGGCGUUUUAUACUGGGACUAUGCUGUCACUGUAUAUAUGGAUGAGAUUGUGUACCUGCAUUGUCACCAACAACCUGACACGGGAGGAACAAUAGUUCUCGUUGGUCAAGAUGGCGUACAGAGACCUCCAAUACAUUUCCCAAAGGGUGGCCACCUAUUGGCAUUCCUCUCAUGCUUAGAGACUGGUCUUCUUCCACAUGGACAACUUGACCCACCGCUAUGGGCUCAAAGAGGUAAAGGAAAAGUUUUCCCGAAGUUACGCCGGAAGGUUCCCGCUGGUCGUAUGAAGCAAGACAGUUUGAAUACACAGGCGGGGAGCGUGGAGAGUGUCAACAGUAUGAACGGCAGUAUUGAAGAAGAAGAAGCCACAGAUUACGUCUUCAGAAUUAUCACACGAUUUACACCAGAUUUAAUGCCUCCUGAGAUGCUUUACCCUAAAGCAAAAUCUGGUCUCAACUUUCCUGAUAUCUCUAUCCCAUGGCCAUUUAAGACGGGAUUUGGGAAGCCAUCUUUAAACGAGAUUCCCAUGGCAACAGUUCAAUCUCACACCCCUGUAUCUCCAGACAGUACAACUACCAUAGCUAAAGCAGUUUCUAACAAGGUGAGACCCGUAUAUAAGGUGCCAAAGCAACUCGUCUCCCAUAGGACAUCUAUACGUCAACUGUGCGAUGAGAUGAAGCGGCAGAUCAUAUCAAGAGCUUUUUAUGGAUGGCUGGCCCAUUGUAGACAUCUAAAGACAGUAAGGACACAUUUAUCAGGUCUCGUCCAACAAACAAUUACAUCGUCAACAAUCCCCCAGGAUGCAUCAGAGGGAUUAACGGAAGAUUUAUGGCAGCAGUUUAACAAAGAUGGGGUGGUGACAGAUGCAGAUGAGAUCUACAGACUAGUCUACCAUGGAGGGUGUUCUCACGGCAUACGUUCUCAGGUGUGGCCCUACUUACUGGGGCACUAUGAGUUUGGCAGUACGCAAGAGGCUCGUGACUCACUAGAUCAUGAGCUCCACACAGAGUAUGAGGUCACAAUGUCAGAAUGGAUGGCUGUGGAAGCAAUUGUACGUCAACGAGAUAAAGAAAUCAUGGCGGCAAAUCUUGCGAAACUCUCAAGCGAGAGUACAUCAGAUAGCAGCGGGAAGGCACUCCCAAGCCCAUUUAUGAGAAAGGACUCUAGUUUAAGUAAUGAUGUAUUCAUGGAUUCCGUAGAUGUGGAUGAUCACAUCGUUCAUCACCCAUGUGAUACACUCAUAGAGGAGACGUCAUCCGUGACGACAACCCCUAGUGAACAGGCCCCCUCAGAGCGAUCAAUCAGAACGCUACCCCUCGAGAAAACAGACAGUUUCGAUAAUCAAAUUAUAACAACGAACUUAACAACAAAAACUUUGAUAAAAGCAGUUGAAAGUCCUGAUGAAGGACUGGGGGACUCUAAACCCUGUUCCAAGAGGGACUCUUGUUCGCUUUCAUCUAAACAUGACACUAUCGAGUCUCAACACAGUCUGGAGGUAGACCAGGGGAUGCCUCUUCCAGAACAAGAGGAGUUCUAUACUGAGAAUGACAAAGAGGUGCAAGACAUGUUGAUGGUGAAAAAUAUAAUAAUUACAAACCCCAGUGUGGACUCAUCAGACACCGAGCAGCUGAUUGGUACAGAGACCUCUGCUAACUUCCUAGAGCACAUGGAAGAUGCUCUUAGUGUCGGAGAUGCUGGCAGUCACAUAUCUGCAUCACAUGACAGUAUUAUAUCUCCACAUACACCUGGUUCUCCAGCAUCACAUGCUUCUAAUGGUGGUGUCUAUUCGGCUGAAUUUCUGGAAGACGUUGGGCUAAACCUCCAUAGGAUCGAUAAAGAUGUUCAGCGGUGUGACCGGAACUACUUUUAUUUCACCCCAGAAAAUCUUGAUAAACUCAGGAAUAUUAUGUGCACAUAUGUGUGGAAACACCUAGAUAUAGGAUAUGUGCAGGGAAUGUGUGACCUUGUAGCCCCUCUACUAGUCUUACUGGAUGAUGAGUCCAAAACUUACAGCUGUUUUUGUGAAUUCAUGAAGAGAAUGUCACAUAAUUUCCCCCAUGGAGGUGCCAUGGACACACACUUUGCCAAUAUGAGGUCUUUAAUCCAGAUCCUUGACUCUGAACUUUUUGAGCACAUGCACCAGAAUGGAGACUACACUCACUUUUACUUCUGCUAUAGGUGGUUUCUACUUGACUUCAAGAGAGAGCUUAUAUAUGAUGAUGUCUUCUCAGUUUGGGAAACAAUAUGGUCUGCCAAGCAUGUUGCAUCUGCCAACUUUGUGUUGUUCGUUGCCUUGGCGCUAGUGGAGUACUAUAGAGACAUCAUAUUGGACAAUAACAUGGACUUCACUGAUAUCAUCAAAUUCUUCAAUGAAAUGGCUGAGAAACAUAAUGCCAAGCAAGUGCUAAAGAUCUCCAGAGACUUGGUGUAUAAACUGCAGAAGCUGAUUGACAACAAGUAGGAGUAUAUGAUCAACAUAUUCAUAUACAGCUGUGCGAUAUAUGAAUAACACAGCUAGGGAUUAAUACAGCUGAUGUCGAAUACAACUGUACCAAAGGUGUUCAAUACAUCAUGUGCCAGAAGUGUUUUAACAGUUGGUGAUUAAGAAAGCUAUAUCACUGGUGAUUAAUACAGCUUUUGUAUAAUACAGGUUCAAAUCUGGUUUUAAAUACAUGUGUUGUCAACUUUUCAUAUCAUACGAAUAGCAUAUGAAAGAUGAUUCUACAAAUAAUGAUUGAUGUG